GUCAUCCUGCCCUUGCCUUGGCCUGUAAUCUGCAUAGGACAGUGGCCUGGUCACAGGGGCCCAUUGUGGGGAGGUUGGGAAGUUAAAGAACACUCUGGCCUCCUCCAUCAUGUCGGCCAAGAAGGCAGAACUGAAGAAAACAAGCCUGAGCAAGAACUACAAGGCAGUGUGCCUGGAAUUGAAGCCAGAGCCGACCAAAGUAAGAAGCUUUUUUGAGGCCAUGCCGACAGCCAGGCCUGAGACCCGUGGGGAGGUGACUUGGAGUCAGGGGUCAUUCGCUGUUCCUGGUGGCCAAGACCUGUCCCAGACAUACGACUACAAAGGAGUAAAACAAGAAGGGCCGUUUACCAAAGCAGGAGGAACUCAUGAGCUAAGGAAUGAACUCAGGGAGGUGAGGGAAGAGCUCAAGGAAAAAAUGGACGAGAUCAAACAGAUAAAGGGCGUAAUGGACAAGGAUUUUGAUAAACUCCAGGAAUUCGUGGAGAUUAUGAAGGAAAUGCAGAAGGAUAUGGAUGAGAAGAUGGAUGUUUUAAUAAAUAUACAGAAGAACAGCAAGCUUCCCCUUAGAAGAGGGCCAAAGGAUCAGCAAGAACUCAGGCUAAUAGGAAAAAUAGACCCGGACCCACAGCUCCGCCUCAAGAAGAUGGAUGGGGCUGAUGGAACACCGCUUUCUCUCCACAAGAAGAUGAUGGCACUACAGAAACCAAAAAAGGACCCUCUGGAUUCCCUUCAUCAAUGCGGGCCAUGCUGUGAAAAAUGUUUGUUGUGUGCCCUAAAGAACAACUACAAUCAGGGCAGCAGAAAACUUCCUUAUCAAGCCUGGCCACCCUGUUCAUCCUUGGCUUCUGGAGCUGCUUUCUGAUUUAUCUGUACUUCCAACCCUAUGUGGUGGAGGACAUGCUCCCAACCUAGGAGCACCGCGGAUCCCACCAGUAGCUCCGGCUCUUCCUCCCCCGACUCCUCAAGCUGCACAGCAAAGGCUUGUGGCCCUCGGACCUACCACCCUGCCCCAGGCCUGCCCCCACCUGGAGAUUAAAAUCUUCGUUUAAAGCCA